GAGCGUGUUUGAUAGCAGCGAUCACUUAAUGAAGAGCGGUGCCCAACACGGUUUGAACGAGACGUUCUCUCCAUGCCCUGGAAAAUUAAUUUUUAGAAAAGCACAAUGAAUUGUCAGAGGGAAGAAGGCAGGCUGGCAGCACGGCGCGCUGGCGGAGCCGGGAGCGCCGGGCCGGAGCAGCCUCGCUGCCGGGGGCAGAGCAACUUUGCGCGGCCCCCCCGCGCGCUGUAGCUCCCGGUGCCCCCGGGCUCGCGCACCGCGCGCGGCAGCGGCGACAGCCGGCGACUUGACCGAGCAGCCCCGCGCGCCGCCAGACGCCCGACACCGCGGGUAAUCGGAAGUACGAUGAGCUGCCCCACUACGGCGGGAUGGACGGAGUAGGGGUGCCGGCGUCCAUGUACGGGGACCCCCACGCCCCCCGGCCGAUCCCCCCGGUGCAUCACCUCAACCAUGGGCCGCCGCUCCACGCCGGACAGCACUACGGCGCCCACGCCCCGCACCCCAAUGUCAUGCCGGCCAGCAUGGGCUCCGCUGUCAACGACGCUCUGAAGCGGGACAAGGAUGCGAUCUACGGGCACCCGUUGUUCCCCCUCUUAGCUCUGGUCUUUGAGAAGUGCGAGCUGGCGACCUGCACGCCCCGGGAGCCCGGCGUGGCCGGCGGGGACGUCUGCUCCUCCGACUCCUUCAACGAGGACAUCGCCGUCUUCGCUAAACAGGUCCGCGCCGAAAAACCACUUUUUUCUUCAAAUCCAGAGUUGGACAAUUUGAUGAUCCAAGCAAUACAAGUACUAAGGUUUCAUCUUUUGGAAUUAGAAAAGGUUCAUGAAUUGUGUGAUAACUUCUGCCAUCGGUACAUUAGUUGUUUGAAAGGAAAAAUGCCAAUAGACCUUGUUAUUGAUGAAAGGGAUGGCAGCUCCAAAUCAGACCAUGAAGAACUCUCAGGAUCUUCCACAAAUUUAGCCGAUCAUAAUCCUUCAUCUUGGAGAGACCACGAUGAUGCAACCUCAACGCACUCGGCAGGCACACCAGGGCCCUCCAGCGGGGGCCACGCUUCCCAGAGUGGAGACAACAGCAGCGAGCAAGACUGCCAGCCAAAUGAACACUUUAGGAGGAAGUGCAUAUAUAUGUCCGCAGCACCCAGCGGGUUAUUCCACCAUACUGUGCAUAGGUGUUGGAGCUCUUAUUGUGAUGGUUUAGACAACAGUGUAGCCUCACCUGGUACAGGAGAUGAUGAUGACCCAGACAAGGACAAAAAGCGUCAGAAGAAAAGAGGCAUUUUCCCCAAAGUAGCAACAAAUAUCAUGAGAGCGUGGCUUUUCCAGCAUCUCACACAUCCAUAUCCUUCAGAGGAGCAGAAGAAACAGUUAGCCCAAGACACGGGACUUACAAUUCUACAAGUAAACAACUGGUUUAUUAAUGCCAGAAGAAGAAUAGUACAGCCUAUGAUUGACCAGUCAAAUCGAGCAGGUUUUCUUCUUGAUCCUUCAGUGAGCCAAGGAGCAGCAUAUAGUCCAGAGGGUCAGCCGAUGGGAAGCUUUGUAUUGGAUGGUCAGCAGCACAUGGGAAUCCGGCCUGCAGGACCUAUGAGUGGAAUGGGCAUGAAUAUGGGCAUGGAUGGGCAAUGGCACUACAUGUAACCUUCAUCUUGUAAACCAAUCGCAAAGCAAGGGGGAAGUUUGCAAGGCAUGCCAGGGGACUACGUAUCUCAGGGUGGUCCUAUGGGUAUGAGUAUGGCACAGCCAAGUUACACUCCUCCCCAGAUGACCCCACACCCAACUCAAUUAAGACAUGGACCCCCAAUCCAUUCAUAUUUGCCAAGUCACCCCCACCACCCAGCCAUGAUGAUGCACGGAGGACCCCCUACCCACCCUGGAAUGACCAUGUCAGCACAGAGCCCCACAAUGUUAAAUUCUGUAGACCCCAGUGUUGGUGGACAGGUUAUGGACAUUCAUGCCCAAUAGUAUAAGGGAACUCAAGGGAAAAA